AUGCUUUCAUCCACAUCAACCUCCACCACCGAUCCCGCUGCCAGUAUUCGCAAUGCCCGACUUCGGGCGCGGGGAUAUCCAGCAGACUACGACAUUUACGAGUCCAACGUGGCCACCUCGAAUUCCCCCUCGCAGGUUGGGACUGGAGCCAAUACUGGAGUGACUAGAGCCCAUAAUCCUCCCGGAUGGCCAGAUGACUAUCGCCGUAUCCCACCGCACCGGCCGACUAAUCGGCAGCUCGAUCAAAGCCAGCGAAGAGUGUACACAAGUGUUGCAGAGCGAACAUUCUUGACCAUGAUGUUUACCGGAUUGGAGAUCAAUGUGAUUGCAAAUCGCUUGUGGAAGGCCACCGGGGGGCGGGUCUCUGAAAAUCUGUUUACAUACAAGCUGGGCGGCGAAUUUUGA